GGCUGGGGUGGGGAGGGGGUACCCAGAGAUAAGGCUGCCCCGCUGGGCAUGAGGACAGAGCUGGAAGCUGGGGCCUGUGGGUUCUCCAAACUGCACCCCAACAUGGACAAGCAGAAUUCGGAAAAGUCACACAGCCACGCCUCGGCCGAUAGGACGUCAUCAGCCGUGUCCCAGAACCCCAGAACGUCCUCCCAUGUCUCCAAAUCCAUGAAGGAGUUGUCUUACCUGAAGGUACCUCAGGACCCUUCCUGCAAAGACAGACAGGGAUACUCAACCACCAUCAUUCUCUGCAAGUCACAGAGCAGCCAGGUUGCCGUGAGGCCCAAGGAGCACAACAUGUUCAUGGAAGAAACCUACAGUGCGGCCAUUUGCUUCAAGAUGCUCCAGGACCUGAAUGGUUCAGACCCUCGCAGCCUGAAGUACAUCAUUAAGAAGAUCAAGAACAUGGCUCACGAGGCCCCCAACCUGGUGCUGGAAACUAUCCAUGACUACUUUGUGAACAACCCAGAGAUGUCCUGCCGGCACAAGUUCUGGCUGUUCCAGGUCCUGGAGGCAGCCAUCGAAGCCAGCGACUCCCUGGAGGAGGCCUGGGAGAAGACGUUCAUGAAGCUGGCCCUGGAGAACAUGACUAAGUCCACGGAGCUGGAAGAGGUAUACCAGGACGCGGCCAGCAACGUGCUGCUGGCCAUCUGUAGGCACUCGUGGCAGGGGGUGGCCCAGCACCUGGAGACCGAGGUCCUGACAGGCGUCUUCCCGCACCGCAGCCUGCUCUACGUGAUGGGCAUCCUGACCUCUAACGAGUCAAUCUUCCAGAAGGGAGAGAAGGCAUGCUGGGAAAAGCAGCUGGCCCAGAUGGCGGGAAAGUCCGUCCAGUUCCUGAACAUGGACAAGUGGUCCAAGGAGCUGUUGUCGGCACUCACCAAGCCUGACCAGACGCAUCAGGAACAGCCCCCGGAGAAGACCUUUCUGUUCAUCUACUACGGGCUGAUCCUUCAAAAUGAGGACAAUGCCACCACUGUCAGGACACACCUGAGAACCCUCCUGGACACGUCCCACCAGUGGCCCAAGCAGCGGGAGGGUAUCGCGCUCACUGUCGGGCUGGCCGCGACCCGCCACCUGGACCACGUCUGGGCCGUCCUAGAGCAGUUUGGCCGGAGCACACCCGUUAAAUGGAGCCUCCACAGCUUCUGCCUGAAGGGUCAGAAAUCAGAGGACCCAAAGUGGAGGUGGGCCAGCAGCACCAUGCUCCUCGCCUACGGUCAGAUGGCGGUCAAGGCCAAGGCGCACAUCCUCCCGUGGGUGGACAACAUCUUGUCACGGAUGGUCUUCUACUUCCACUACAGCUCCUGGGACGAGACCUUGAAGCAGAGCUUCCUCACUGCCAUCGUCAUGCUGGUGGGGGCCAUCAGCCGCAAUGAGGGGGCCCACAGCUACGAGUUCUCCCAGAUCUCAGAGCUUCUUGAGUGUCUGAUGGUCUUGAUGGAGAAGGAACCCCAGGACACACUGUGCACGUCAACUCGCCAGCAGACCAUUCACAUCAUCUCCAGCCUCUGUAAACUGAGGCCGCCCCUGGACUUGAAGAGGAAAUCACGGCUUCUGUCCGUCUGCCUCCGCAGUGUGUUUGCCCUGCCACUGAUGGACGUCCUGAAGAAACACACCUGCCUCUUCCUGGAGCCACCCAACAUACAGACCCUCUACAACAAGACCUUGGAGGCCCUGGACCAGAUGCUGCAGAGCCUCAUCACGCAGAACCCUACGGCCGACGAGCUGCACUUCCUGCUGUCGCACAUGUACACCUGGCUGGCGUCGGAGAAGACACACGAGCGGCAGCGGGCUGUGCACAGCUGCGUGGCCCUCCUCGGAUUCCUGAGCCACGACCUCUACCUGGAUACAAAAGAGGACUUCAGGAGGACUGGGCAGCUGGUGGGCGUGCUGGGGAUUUUGUGCCAGGACCCUGACAAGGCCACCCGGCACUCCAGCCUGGAAGGGGUGGGCCACCUCUACCAGCUCCUGAUGCGCCAGAGAGCGAGGGAACUUCCAAACGUGGAGGCGCAGGCCCCCAAACAGCUCUCCCAGGCCAGCGAGGAUGGGGCCCCCGUCUGGAGCAGCGGAGACCAGCAGACGGCUCCCCCCACCCCCCGUGAGAUGGCAUUCCCGAAGGAUCACAUCUUCCAGCUUGGCAGCUCCCAAGUCAUCAAGGAGGUCAUGAAGCAUCUCACGGUGGCAGAGCUGACCGACCUCGUCUGGACAGCCAUCGACGGACUGGGAUCCCCCAGCUCCUUCCGCGUGCAGGCGGCCGCCGACAUGCUGCUCCUCGCCAUCCAGGAGCACGGGGCCGAGCUGGAGACGGUUGCCAAGCUGGGCCGAGCCAUUCACUUGCAGCUCUGCUCUGUCCACAUCCCCCAAGCCAAGGAAAUUGCCCUGCACACCAUCACCCUGCUAGCCCGGAACCACACCUCGGAGCUGGUGGCCACCUUCCUGGACCCCUCCAUACCCUUGGACAGCCACGCCUUCCAGUUGUGGAGGGCCCUGGGGGCCGAGCGCCCCGUGAGCCGCCGGGUGGUGGCCACGCUGCUGGCCUGGCUGCAGGAGCGGCCGCUGCCCCCCGGGGCCAGAGACGGCAGCCCCCCACCCGAGGAUAAGACCUACCUGCGCUCGUUCACCGCCAUGAGAUUGCUUCACGAGCUGCAGUUUGCCCGGGAGUUCGAGAAGGCGGUGCAGGAGGCCUACCCAGAGCUCCUCCUGGCCCUCCUCACCCAGAUGCACUACAUCUCCGAGCUGAACCUGCCCGAGGAGCCCCAGCCCGGCCAGGAGGCCCAGCCGCUGGCCACGCCCAGUCCGCAGAGGACGUCGCUGGAGGCCCUGAAGGGUCUGCUGUCCACCACGGGGCACUGGCAGGACUUUGCCCACCUGGAGCUGCGGGGCGCCUGGGAGCUCUUUGCCACCACCCGCACCUACCCGCAGGGCGUGGGUCUCCUCGCCAGGGCCAUGGUUCAGAACCGCUGCGGGCAGAUCAAGGCAGUGACCAGCCAGCUGCUGUCCAGCCUGCAGAGCGAGGAGAAACGGGAGCGGAAGACGGCCGUCCUCAUCCUCGUCGAGUUCCUCUACAGCCCCACGCUGCUGGAGGUGCUCCCCAGACAGGCCGUCCUCACUGUGCUGGCCCGAAGCCUCAGGGAUCCCAGCCCCGAGGUCCGCGCGUUGAGCCUACAGGGCCUCGGAAACAUCCUUUUCCACCCGGAGAAGGAAAGCCUGCUCCAAAGACAGAUGCCGGCCUUUCUCAACGGCUUCUUCCAGAACAGCGAGCAGGUGGUUGUGCGGGUCAUGGGCACCGUGUCGGACGUGCUGCACCGCCUGGGCGCCAACGGCGCAGCCGCGCAAAGCCUCCGGGUGGCCAUCAACGCCCGCUCCUUUUUCGACGACGAGCGGGACGGGAUCCGGGCGGCGGCCGUGGCGUUGUUCGGGGACCUGGUGGCAGCAGCGGCAGGCAGGGAGCUGAUCGGCCUGCGAACCCAGGUGCACCAGAGCCUGGUGCCCCUGCUCCUGCACCUGAAGGACCGCUGUCCAGCCGUCGUCACGCAAGCCAAGUUCGCCCUGUACCGCUGCGCGGUGCUGCUCCGCUGGCGGAUUCGGCACACCCUCUUCUGCACGCUGGCCUGGGAGAGGGGCCUCAGCGCCCGCCACUUCCUCUGGACCUGCCUGCCAGGAGGAGUUCAGCAUCCACUUGGCGCAGGCCCUCAGCUACCUGCACAGCCGCCACCACCACAUCAAGACCUGGGCUGCGCUCUUCAUAGGGUACAACAUCUGCUACCACCCCCAGGCCGUGUCCCAGGUGGUGAACAGCAUGGACACAAACCUGUUGCUCUGCAGAGAUGGCCGCCAGACCGCAGUGACCUCCAGCCGUCCUCCCUCACCCUCCUCCUCCCCUGUGCCCACCGAAUUGGUCAACCCUGCCCCGUCCACACGGAGCUUGGAUGCAUAAGAUGUUUCCAUUUGAAAAAAAGAUGUAGGUUCAAAGAACCUUCACACCUGCCAGCUCCCUGCCCGCCAUCUCGUGACCCCAGAGGACUGAGGCAAGCCCACGGGACCCCGGCAGGACUAGGGAACAGGGACAGGCCUAGAGUAGAGGGGGCAGACCAGGUAUCCCAGAGGCAAACUGUGAAGUCUGUGCAGGGUCCUGCAAAUGACAGCUAGUGGAAGUCAGGUGCAGCCAUGGUCCGCCAGGGUCUGAGUACUGAGGAGGUUGUCCAAGGGCAGCCACCGUGGAAUGGAGCCGUUUACCAAGCCCCCCCCCCCCACCCCUGAGUCUUCAGUUUGUCUCUGGUUUGGAGCUUAAUAGUCACUGGGGAGCGGGCCGUGGGGAAACGGUCCUUUGGCUGGUCUCCCUCAGUCCAGGUGACUCAAGGUCUCCCUCCACCAUGACCCCUUGCCUCCGGAGUCCAGUCAGGGCUGGGCCAGAGCCAGACCUUCCCAGCGGGGCCUGGGUGAGCUGUGUAUGGCCCGAAGCAAGGGUCUCAGCUCUCUGAGCCUCAGCUAUUCCAUCUGUAAAAUGGGUAGAAAGACCUUCCUCCCCGGACCCCUCACAGGACUGAGUCCAAAGACGGUCCUUCUGGCAAGCACCCCCACCUCCCAUGCAGCCACCUGGAGACCAGCCUGACCUUCAGCCAGGUGCUCCCUUCUCAGCCUUGGUUUUCCCACAUGUGAAAUGGGCAGAUGGGCCUUUCCCCGGUCUGUCGAAGUUCCUCCUAGGGCCUGAGUCCCAGGCAGUCUCUCAGGACCCCCCCCCUCUCGACCAGCCGGCCACCCACCUACCCUGUCUCUCAAGUGCGCACACAGCCCCUCCACACCUUUGCUCAGGAAGCUCCUUCCAUCCGGAGCACCUUCCCCACUCCCCCCCGCCAAGGGCCUCCACACUGCCCCAUUCUUCAAGGACCAGGCUGCAUGUCCCCCCCAGAGGGAGCCCCCUUCUCAGCCCUUCCUCAGCCCACCUUGAGCCUGAGCCGCCCCCCCCAACCCUUGCACCAAACUCCCAGGCUGUCUCACCCCGCCCCCUCCCCCAGACUGUGGGCGCCCUGGGGCAGGGAUGCGGGUGCACAGGGCUGGCACAGAGGGGGCCCCAAAACUUGGAUGGUGCGUCAAAAAAAUACAGCGACCUUCCUGGAGCACGCAUUUACUAGCCUUCUCAGGUGUGUUCCAUUUGAUAGAGCCGGGGGCCCCUCUCCACCCAGGAGCCCAGAGAGGGCUGGGGUCUGCGGCCCCCAUCCUACCCAUCGGUCCAUCUCUGAAUAAGGCCCCCUGAGGAGCGACUUUGGGGUGGCGCUCCCUUUCACAACUCCCAUCCUGUGCACGGAUCUCCCUGGGUGCUCCAACCCCCUGGCUGGGCAUGGGGGAUGUGCUCCCUAGGGACCACGGAGCAGGUUACGGGGUCCCCUAGUUCCAGCCUGGUGGGUGUGGUCUCUGGGCACGGGUGCGAUCUCCCCUAAAAGGGGGACCUUCCCUGGGUUCACCUACCCGCUUCACCACCUGGCCCCUGCACACCCUCCUCCGGGAAGUCUGCUUCAGGAAAAGAAAGCUUGGAGCUGGGUGGGCCUGGACCCGGUGGGUUCCUGGAGCCAACAGUGCCAGGCAAGCCUUGAGUCUGGGACCGGGGAGGGUCCCAACUCCU